UACUUUAUUCAGAUACUGGCUCCACGUAACAUGGCUCUUAGGUAGUCGCACUCUUCAGUUUUGUUUUCAUUGGUGCUCCACUUCUUUCCAAGAUUUAGAAGGGAACGUCUCGUGCAGACUCGGCGCCUCGUCUUCAGCGCACGCAAGACUCGCCGCCGAGAUGAACGCGGUGAGCGCUUCGCAUCCUCUCAUCACCAGUCAGGGGCCACAGAUGCCCCCGUGAUAUUUCUGCAUAACAGGCUUAUCUAAUCCCAGAUGCAACAUCCAGUCUCAGAAAAACCCAAAUCUGGAUAGACUAUUGAUAUGAAUCAGGAAUCACGCGCGUAAGAGGGGGCAGGGCUGUCAAAUAGCGUGUUUGCCAAGUUCGGUCCUCACAGUCAGACGGCAUGAUAUUUUGUUGAAACAAACGUUUACUGUAGUUAGAUCCAGCCAGAAGGAAGUUCCUGGGCGACGAGACCCCAACCCCGGUGCAGCGCGGCGCCGGGGAGCAGCCUGCAUUGUUGGACAAACCCCCGAUGCACCCUGCGCCAGUUUAUCCAAGAAGACUGAUGGCUAAGACCAGAGUCUCUUAUGAGUAUUCGGAGGCAGAGGACAAAAGCAUUCGCCUCGGACUCUUCCUCAUUGUAUGUGGCAUCGUGUCGCUGUUCAUCUUGUGCUUCUGUUGGUUGAGCCCCACCUUGCAGAGCAUGCAGAGCAAGCCGGCGAACUGCACCGUGAUCUCCGUGCGCCGGCUGGAGGAACGGUUCGAGUGCGUCUUCACGUGCGGGGCGGACUGUAAAGGCACCUCGCUCUACCCGUGCCUACAAAUAUUCGUCAAUAAUUCCGAGUCCAACUCCAUUGCGCUCCUGCACUACGACGAGCAACAGCUCGUGCUAAACCCCAAGUGUUCCUACGUUCCUAAAUGUGAGAGGGAUAACCAGAAGAUGCGUGAGGACGUUAUAAGGCUCCAACAUUACUGGAGUGAAGAGGGCAGUAACCAAACCUUCACCUGCUUCUUCAACCCCCAGAGAAGGCCAGACGAUGUGUUGUGGCAGCGCUCCCAUGACGCCAGCGUGCUGCUCCACUGCGUGCUAUGGCCGAUGGUCAGCCUGCUGGUGGGCACGCUCAUCGUGCUGCUCACGGUCUGCGCUCGCAGCCUGGCCGUACGCGCCGAGGCCAUUCAGAAGCGGAAGUUCUCCUAAGUACGCGCGCGGACGGCCUGCCCUUUUCGCUCACGCCGAUUUCCUUUUGGCACCUGCUUCUCGCUUCGCUGUGGGGCGCCGACGGCCAAACGAACGCGUUUGGGACGGAAAUACUGGCACGCGCGAGAGCGCAACGGCGACACGCCCCGCUCCGGUUAGUGCACCUGGUCGCGCACGAUCCCACGGACUUCGCCCAGGACUAGAAGCACAUGUGCGAUGCUCGCGGCUUUUCUCGGUCAUGGGCUUGUGCCUCGCGUCCUAGUUUAACUUUACUGGGGAUGGUCCAACCAAAAAAAGCUUUUCUUAAACGGCAUUUAUGGUUAAGCCUGUUGAGGCCACAGAGAAACGUACACGGACAAGCUUCACGCACUCCUCCCUGAGUCGCUACGGUGUCCCGGUGCUGUUUCCAUUCCGCCUUUGUGUUCGUGUGCGUUUCCAUCAUCUCUCCCUUUGCUUCCGUCUUUGUGACGUGUCAUUUGUGUCAACAUAACGCUUAUUCUAACAUAUCCAUGGGAUCCUUUACGUAGCAUUUGCUAAUGUAGCAGUAAAUAAAAAAACAAACAAAAAAACGCACUACUGAGCAGCUGUUUUGGCCAUCUUCCUCUUCCUCUACCUCAUCCAUGUGUCACGCAUAGCCAUACGUCACUUGAAACGUCACCUCCGCCAAACUAAUGAAUUCAUACAGUUAUUACAUGUUUCGUGUAAUGGUCGAGUGCUUGCUUGACUAAUCACAGUUAACGUUAUACCUCUCCCUAAAAUCUACACAUACUGGACGUGUGUGAGCAAUAUCUCAUGUUUAUUAAAACAUAAGGUACCACUGCAGGUUCGUCUUUGGAAAAAUUGAUAAAAACGUCUUUGCAAAAUUGGUAAUAUUGUGUAUAUUAACGCAAAAUUUUUCCAUAGCAAAACACAAAACCAGAAGCUGUAAUCCAGUUUAGCGAAACAGGCUGCCCAUUUAAACUUAGGAAAACUGUGAUUUUAGCUUUAAGCAUAAAGCAGUAGUUUUUAUAUGCUUAAAAUUGCAAACUAGAAACAGAGGAGUGGAUUUUCACCUGUCAGAUAUCAUGGUUUGUAUUCAGGCAAUUGUGUUGUAAAAUAAAUGUUAACGUUACUUCCAGUGGUAGAAAUAUUCAGAGCUAAUGUUCUGGACACCACUGUUACCCUCCUGCCAAAGUCAUCUGAAACUGAUCACAUUUGACCCUAAAUUUGAACAGGUUUGAAUCAGAUUUCCAGUGUAUGCCAUCAGGGAGAAAUCAGACUUAUGUCAUAGUAAAAAAUCUAAAACAAUAACACAUGUCCACAGGGCAUAAUGGCAUAACAGUAGCUAAAUGCUGUAUGGUAGUAGUCAUAUUUUCUUAAAACACACACACACACACACACACACACACACACACACACACACACACACACACACACACACACAAUCACUGUGUUCUGAAAUUAAUUGUACAGUGUGUUCAAUUAGCAUUUGAAAUAUGAGAUAUUAAUUCAGAUUAAAUAUUAAACAAUGUUAAUCUCAAAGAUGAAAUGUACUAAAUGUUCUGACAUCUAUUCUCUGCAUAUAUUGGAUUCUCUUCAUUUGCUGGUUCCACAUUCUUCAGCUGCAGGUUUAAAUCAGGGAGGUCAGUAAAUACACUACACAACAUGGUUGUGUAGGUAACAAGAGUGAAGGAGUGAAGGUGUUACAAAACAAUUAUGACUGCUAUACUAGUACACGGCAGCUUCCAGCUUGAUUUACUUAAUUUAGUUUAUUACUACAUACACACCAAUCAGCCAAACCAUUAAACCCUCUGACAGGUGACGUGGAUAACACUGAUGAUCUCGUUACUGUGGCACCUGGCCAGGUGUGAGAUAUAACAGGCAGUAAACAGUCACUUCCUGAAAUUGAUGUGUUGGAAGCAGGAAAAAUGGGCAGGUGUGUGGAUCUGAGUGAUUCUGACAAAGCAGAUGACUGGAUCAGAGCAUGUCCACAAAAGCAGGUCUUGAGAGGGGUUCCUGGUAUGUAGUGGCUAGCACCUACCAAAGGUUAUCCAAGGCCGGGCGCUCUGUGACCCAGCAAACAGGGUCACGGUCUCCUGUGGGAAGUGACGGCUAGUCUGGUGUGAUCCCAAAGAAGAGCUGUUGUACAUCAAACUGCUGAAAAGGUUUGUGCUGGCUUAGAAGGGAGCCUGGUCUGAUGUUUACGGUCACAUCACAUGGCCUGGUGCGUGUGCGUCCCCUGCCUGGGGUAGAGAUUGCACCAGGAUGCAUUAUGGGAAGGAGGCAAGCCAGCAGAGGCAGUGUGAUGCUCUGGUCAGUGUUCUGCUGGGAAACCUUGGGGUCCUGACCUUCAUGUGGACAUUACAGUGACACGAACCACUUACCUACACACAGAGAGACCUACACAAUAUUAGGCAGAUGGUUUUAAUGUUAUGGACGAUUUGUG